AUGGUGCGUGGAAAAUUGUUUAAUGAAGGACAAAAUCAGUGGAAAAAGCAGAUGAACUGUAUUUUGGACAUUUAUGUGAAAGAUGAAAACCACCCCUACCGAUUCACACGAAAUCUCUCAAAAACGAAGUAUAGUGUUAUCCGUUCCUCAAUUGGAAGUAUUUGGACAUAUGUAGAAACAAUCACAAGCCAAGAAAUAUCUGAGCAUAGCGAAGAUAAAUUUGCACAUCCACAAAUCGAUUUAGCAUAUCAGAAUUAUGUAUGGCGUUUCUUGAGACUUCUUAAAGACUUGCAGUUCUUUGAACGAAUUGACGAUGAUCUGUCAGAUAAAUCAUCGCUUGAAGCUAGCCCAUCACAAUUAGCAAAAUUGAAAUCUUCGGCCUCGGAAAGAAAUGAAUCUGAAAUCUCUUCUUCAUGGACACAGUCAGAAUCCAAAAAUGAGAAAGAGAAAGAAUCCCUAAGCCAUCCAAAGAACGAAAAAAACUCUAAUACGAUUGAGAGGAUCCCGGAUGUACCAAACAGCUAUAUACUUAUCCCUAAUAUUGCAAAAUUGGAGUAUAAUCAAGUCUUAAACUUAUUUGGAUCACGCUUGUAUGCUGUUGCCAAAAAAGAAAUUCAAAAUAAGGAAUUGUUUAAAGAUGUGCCUCCUGGCCCUUUAUUGUCAAAUAAUACAAUAGCUGCUCUAAAAGUAAUUAUACAAUCCCGGCACAAUGGAGUUAGUCAGCAUACAUUGGCUGAUUUGCUUAAAUUCGACUCUCGUGCCACUGGACAAUAUUUGAGAGUAUUGGAACAAAAAGGUGCAAUUUUCCGGAAUGUUUCUACAUUAAAUGGCGCAAAUCUCAAUUUGUAUACUCAUGUUCGCUUUGGUAAACCUGCUAAGCGUAACGACGGAGUAGCGAAAGAAACUUCUGCGGAAACAGUGGAUAGCUGCUGUGCCUACAACACAAACAGACUUGGGAUUGCUUACUCGCACGAACUUUUACUUUCCAAAAUUAUCGAUUUACUAAACAAAGCUCCAAAUGACUCUAUAUCCAGCAACGAGAUUCUUAGUAGUCUGGACUUCAAUUUAAAUAAUACAAGUGUCCAAAACUGGUUAAAUCGUGCUAUUGAUACAUUUUGCUUGAAAGGACAUUUACAAAAACUCAACUUUCGGGAUACAUCAAAGAGUAAAAAUAAUCAAUCCGUAAAACUUCCCAAGAAUCAAGACGAAAAAGAAUCCCGCCCUAAUUAUAUAUCAUCUAAAAACAUUAAAUGCGAACAAAGGCACUGUAUCGAACUUCCGGUUAUAAAGGCAAAAGCAUGUACUCCAUAUUCAACCAAACUAUUACGAGAUGUAACUCUCGAACAUCAAAUAAUAAUGGUCCUGCGUAAAUCCGGUACAAAAGGUGAUAUUGCCAAAGAAAUUGGCUGUGAAAAUACUUCUCCAUUUACUCGAAUCAUGGACAAACUUGUCAAUCUAGAUGGAGUAGGAAAAGAAUCAUACGCUGCAUAUCGGCAUCUUGAAUCCAAAGGACGUAACAGACAGUACCGUUAUUAUACGUACACUGCUUAUAAGAAAGUCAUUGAUAACAUUGAUAUUGACGAUGAAUUCCAUAUCCCAUCCCCUUUCACUGACAGCGACAUGGUCGAAUUCGAUUACUUAUCUAUUCGAUCUAAGAUUCCAGCUACAAGGAACUCGGGAAAUCAAUUAAACUCUACGACGUCUAGUAAAAAGAUAACACUUUCCAAAAAUACUCAGUCUCAGCAAAAACAUGCUGAGGUCGACAUUCAUAAAGAAAAUUCGGCACGUAUAUCACAUCUCGAACCAGAAAGUAAUGCUUAUGUACCUUCAAACCUCAAAAAAGCAACAAAAACACCUUCAAAACGUUCAGCCGAGAAAUCAAGUGAAGAAAAUAAUCCGAAUGAAACCCCAAAUCCAAGGCAGAAACGUACUAGGAAUAUCACUCAGCCGAAUGAGACUAAACCUGCUUUACCCAAACGAAAUACUAGAAGCUCUAUAUUAGCAAGCAACACUCUACUUCGAGAAACAAGUGUUGAAGAAACUUUUAAUUCCGAGCCUUCUGAUGUAGCAGUCGUUCCAACCAACAAGGCACUUUCUUGCAAUUCGGGCAAUGACAUAGGGAUGAAUAAUCCAGAUCUGGAAUCUGUGCUUCAUCUUAAGCCCCAAGAGAAAUCUAGAUAUCCCAAACGUAGCACCCAGGAUACUCGUGGAUCUGUUCAUCCUGAUGAUUCGGUUACAGAACCAAUCAACAUCCUUACGCCGAAAUCUCAAGAAUCUGUAUUAUUGGUAUUGAAGGAUAAAACAGAAAAAAAGGCUGCUACUAAGCCUGUGACUACUGCAAUUUUGGAUAAUAAGGAAUCCUCCUUUGUGGAAAAUACUCAAAAUGGAUUAGAAUCAGGGCAAGCUACAAGUCAUUCGAGUCCAGACGUUGACAGACAAUCUGUCGAUCUUACCAACCUUCUAGAAAAUUCCAAUAAAGUCAAUGUCAUUAAAGGCGGUGUGGGUAAAAUACCGAUAGACAAUACCGCUGCUAAAAAAAUGUUGGAUAAAAAAGCACCAAGAAAAACAAGGUCAAGAACGACACUUCAAACUAAGCAAGCCGAUAAACCUAUCUCUGUCCCUACUCGAUCUUCAAAAAGACUGUUCGAAAGUACUAGUAAAAUAUCCGACUUCUUUUCGAAGGCACCUCUUAAGAAAACACCAGCCAUUUUACCAAAGACAACAACUUAUCCACUUGUUGAAUCAGCCCAAAAUCCUUCGCAUGAUUCAGUGACUGAACCAAUCAUCGAGCACUUACAAAAGGACUCGUCAAAGGUAGUAACUGCUCCUGUUAAGUCACAGUACAAACCCCAACAAGAAGCAACAAAUGACCGAAUCCAAUCGAUUAAUGCGGAAGAAGCAGAAAAGAGUAUAUCUACAAAGCCAUCGGAUAUAAAGAAGCAUACCGGGAAACCUGGUCCAGAAACCCCUGAUGAAGACAUGAUCAACGUAAUACCAGAAAUCAGAAAAAGACUUAGUUCUACAGAAGACAGUCCGUACAGUAGUGCUUCUGAAUUCCCAGAAAGUGAGAUUGCAAAUGUCUCUGGAAAAGAAGAACCUUCAAAUUCUUCUGAACACCAAAAGAAAAAAAGAAAAAAGUCUUCUCCUCACUUAAGAGAACCACAUAAUAGACUGUCCAAAAAAGAAAUGCAGGUCAACUACUAUUUGGAACAGCGUAAAAAGGUUUUUAUGGCUCUUUUGGAGGAAUGCCCAAUCUAUGUACGUAAUCACGCAUUCAGAAAUCUAUACUGUGAUAAGUUUACCGAACUAUUCGGCGAAAUAAACCCCUCAAAAACAAUUUGCCUGAAAACUAUAUGGAGAACUGCUAAAGAACUUCACAAAGACGGGUUGGUCGAAACGAAGGAAAUUUCUACCACUCUCAUGAGCGGAGCAAUCAUGAAGAGAGGCGUUUUUUACCGCAAAGGGUUAGACCUGGAUGGCCCUGAGUUAAAGAGUUAUACUUCCAUCUGGAACAAAGACCAUUUUGUUUACCCUGGAACAUACUCUAUAAAGAAAUUCGAAAAGAUUGAAAAACCAGUAGAGCGUCUUACAGAACGCCUAGGACGAAUGGAGAAAGAUCUUGAAAAAGCCAAAAACAACAAUUCGGUCGAAGUUAAGGAGAUCGAAAAGAAGAUUACGAAUAUGAAGCAAAACAUCAAUAACUCAAAUGCCGAUGAGAUUUCUACUCAUAGACCCUCAACAGGCUCUUACGGAAAUUGGAUGAUCAUUGGUAUGCAACUUGGCUACAUGUGUGCCAAGAACAUUAGGUGCAAAUUACUCCACCAGUUCUUUAUCGAGAUUUUUGAAAGAAACUUACCGGGGGUCGAUUCUAAAACUCGGUGGAUCUCAAUCAGAGCAAUUGUCGAACAAAUGACGUUGGCAGAUUACUUUACGCUUAUUGGAUUCUUUCAAACAGACAAUGAAAUGAGAGAGUUCAUAAAAAAUCCUAAAAACAAAAGUGUGAAGAUCCUUAACCUCCCGAAAAACAUCCGUCUAAUUAUUUUCUCGGAUAAAAACAGGCUCAGGCGUCGCAUUUGUACCCUCUUAGAAGUUCUAGAGUGGCUAAAUCUAAUCAAGAGAGCACCCGGGGGUGCAGAUAAACUUGACCUACCACCGAACCAAAUUGUAUCUGAUGAAACUUCUUAUAUCGUGCUUGAUCAUGUGUCAACAUUCGACCUUAUGGAUCCGGAGCGACGCACUAUACACCAUUAUGAAAUUCGUGAUGCAGGUGAUAUACAUGUCUAUUGGAGUGAUCUCCAGUAUAUUUGUAACAAAAUCGAGAAUGAACGACCAGAUUUCAGUAAAGUUAACUUAUCUGAGGAGGAUAAAGCUCGUAUUCUCUCACUAAUAUCGGCGAAAAACUGGAGUACAACUUUUAUGUUUACGGAUGCACAGAGGACAGCCCUUAAUGCCUAUAUAAACCCAAAAAACGGAAUGACACCUUUAAGAAAUGUCCCACUUUGUAAGAAAAUUGCAAGGAAACUCGGACUUGAAAAUCCCAUAAUUCAAGGCUACUUCAGAAAAAUAGAGCAAGCUUUCGUAAGAAAAACCGAAAAGAAGUUUUUGCGAGUAAUUGAACGAGAAAAUGGCACCGAUAUACGUGGCAAGAAAAGGAGCCGCUCCAAAAUGUUUAGUGAAAACCCAAAUAUCACACUUCGCACAACCCAGCCGUUUAAAAGACGCGUUUAUUCUACAGGUGCUAUUCGCAUGGCGAAGAGAGCCAUUAGUAAAGGUGAUGGUGAUAUUACAACUGACACUGGAAGCCAACCUAUGGGUUUGUACCAUGAUACUGCUGACGAAACCCCCGUUGUUGGAGAAGCCGAUUUUAAGGAAUAUACUGAUAGACCUGCUUUCAAUCGUAUCCCUUGGAGUGAAGAUGAAGAUGAGCUGCUCGUUUACUGUUAUGUUAUUCUUAAACAUCGGUCUGAGAAUGACCGUAUGCGGUGGACUCUGGCAGUACCAUUCUUUCCGGAGCGGAACAGACACAAGAUGCGCGGACGUUUUUCAAAAAUUAUAUUAAUCCCAUCUUAUCAGAGAAAGAUAUUUAAUAUGAUGAAAUUGUGGAAAAUACUUUAUGAAGAAGGCGUUGCAACCGGCAGAAUUAAGGAACUCCCAGAGGGUAUUUCAAAGCAGACUUUUGGUAUUUCAGACGAGCUUAUUUAUUUCCUCGAAAGAUCUAGGGAUAUAUCAGAAAACAAUUUACCUACCAAUUCUUUGAAUUUGCCCUGCAAACCUAUUGAAGGAGUCAACUUCCCCAAAAUAUCAAAGCUCGAUGAAAAGGUUUUCUUAGAAGACAACUAUCACAGGGCAGUCAGCAGGAAGUCUAGACAAGAUAUAAUCUGCUCAGUCACAUGUACUGCGAAAUUUUCGGAUAAAAAUGGCUGGGAUACUGUCCUUACAGACCAUCCCACAGAAACGAAUAUCAAACAAAGGCAAAUAAUGUUUUUGAAGGGUUUCCACAAAAUGGUGCUGCUUACACCGGAGGAGUACUACGAUACUUUUUAUGUAUAUGCCAUAAUGAACCAGAUGCCCCGAGGACUUUCAGCAUUGGUAGCAACAGAACAAAGAAUAGAAGGAAUUGUAGCUAGGCUCAAGUCAACAAAUUUCCGUAAGCUUCCAGGUACACUUUUUGGUAUAUCUGACCGCUUUACACGUCGCAUGAGUGGAACAUUCCCACAUAAUUAUUACCAGAAAGCACGAGAGUACUUUAAUCACAUGCUCCAAAAUAAAGGCCUUGAAGUAUCCCCUACCUAUCUCAACAGUGGUAUAAUGGGAUGCUUGUUGGAUCAAUUUUCCGAUGGAAAGAAACAGCUUGUAUUUUCUAUAAAAGACUUUGAGGAAUUUUCGAAACGACCUUCAUUAAAUUUCCAUUCGAGCCGUUCUGUUGAUUCAGCACGACUUGACUUUGAUAUUAUGGUCAAGACUCAUCAGCAUCAGGAACAAGAAAAUAUACCAGAGCAUGUCGAGUACAAUUCUACUGCGAUACUUCUUACUCAAGAUGCUUUUGAAUCCGCAUACAAUAAUUUAAAACACAUGAAUAACUGCUUACAGACUCUUAUCGACGAUAUUGUGGCUGCUCUUUCUCUCGCAAAACACGAUGGCUUAUCUAUCCUUGAAAUCAAAAAUGUCAUACCAUUACGCCAAAAAAUCCAGGACUCGGACAUCCGUAAGGCUAUCCAUAUCAUGACUGAACAUAGCCCUCCUUUGGUAGCUUAUGUUGGCUAUGAGGCAUAUCGACUUGUUUUAACCACAUGUCUUGAUCAAUGGGUGGUAAUACCAAGUACUGCAUUCCGAAAUAAGGGAGACAAUGAGGAAAAUUCUAGUAAAUAUGAAUCUUUAGCGGUAAAAGGUGUUGUCAACUUGCGCAUAUGGAAUGAUGUCAAUGGAACAAGAACCGAGUCUGUGUGGAAUGGUUGUGUUGGUGCUGUUACUGAUCUCAUUAUUAAUAAGCCUGGAAUUACGGAAGCCAACAUAGAACGUUUUUUCAAACACGUAUUGGUUCGCACAGAGAUUCAAGACUUGCUGAAUACUCUAGUAAAGCAAAAGAUCCUUCGAAAACUAGUUAUGAGUACUACCAAACAGAAGGCUAGUCUAUUUGGAAAAAACUUAAUUAUGGAAACAACAGAACCUGAUCAGAUUCAAGCCUUAAAAAGAACGUGUUACUGGGUAAUCUCUGGAUAUUAUACAAGAAUCAAAGCAUGA